AACCUCAAACAACGAAUAAACAACAUACAUCAACAUCGUACAUCGUAUACCUUGCCACAUGGUAUGGUAUGGUUGGUGGGAAGGAACUGUGAACUAUCUAACAUAGAUUUUUGUCGUUUAGUGUAGUAUUCUGGAAUACUGAAGAACUAAAAUGCUUAAUAAACCAGAAUAUCUUGUGGUUGAUACAUCUGCAUUCAUACAAAAUGCACCUGUUCAGGAUAUGGGGAAGAACAUUUUGUCAAUUCAAGAAGUUAUAAAUGAAAUCACAUCAAAAAGACAACUCAGAAGACUUAUAGUGCUGCCUUACGAUCUGAAAGUAUCAAAUGUGUUUCCGGAAAAUAUAUCAUUUAUUACAGAGUUCUCUAAGAAAACAGGAGACUACCCGUCACUGUCAGCUACUGACAUCAAGGUGAUGGCUCUGACCUAUCAGAUGGAGAAGGAGCAUGUGGGUACUGAUCACUUGAAGACAACACCCGCUUACAACAAGGUUGUGUCGUUGAAGCCUCCCCAGCUGUUUGGAGGAGACUCUGUUGGAUUUUUCAAGGGGAGUGAAGAAAAGGAGACAAACAAGACAGAUACAGCCACUGUUGAGAGUUCUGCAACUCAGCAGUCUGAAGACCAAAGUGUGGAAGAAAAGGAGGUUGGAACUGGAGAAAAGGAACAGAGUGAGUUGUCUGCUGGUGAUGUCGAGGACUCCUUGGAAUUAGAUUUCUCAGAGCUGAAAGUGAGUGACGUAUUGCAGCCACUGUCGGACGAUGAGUAUAUCAGCGAGGAGGACAAUGAUGGUAGCGAGGAGGAGGAUGAUGAUGAUGACUCAGAUUGGAUAACACCAGAGAACAUUGGAAAAAUGAAGCAGCAAAUGAACUUUGGGCUCUCUGAAGAUAAACCAGUCACAGUGGCUUGCCUGACAACUGACUUUGCAAUGCAGAAUGUGUUGAAGCAGAUAGGAUUGAACGUCGUCGGUCUGGACGGCAGAGUAAUCAAACAUCUACGCACCUAUAUCUUCCGCUGUUAUGCAUGCUUCAAGACAACAAGUAACAUGACUAAGGUAUUCUGUCCUAAGUGCGGCAACAAGACAUUGAAGAAAGUUGCCGUCUCUGUGGAUGAAAAUGGGAAGCAAGUCAUCCACAUCAAUCCCAGGAAACCUUUGACAGCUCGAGGCAAAAAGUUCUCACUGCCAAAACCGCAAGGGGGGAAGCACGCCAACAACCCGAUAUUGUGUGAGGACCAACCGGUCCCAGACCAGAGACCAACUCGCUUGGCUCGCACCAAGACUAACCCUCUGGACGAAGACUACAUUGCAGGGUUUUCCCCAUUUGUGAUGAGGGAUGUGAAUUCCAAAUCUGCCAUGCUCGGAAUCCGGGGGAAGAACCAAGAAUUUAAGUACUGGAUGAGGAAGAACCCCAAUGAAGUUGUAAAACAUCGCAGGAAGAAGAAGUAAUAAAGAGUAAAACUCAACUGAAAUCGAUUAUUUGAAAGGAUUACAGGAAUACAGAUACUUGUCAGAUAUGUGUAACAACAAACAGAUACAGGACAUUUUGAGAUCUGGUUUUGAUUUAUGUGUUAAAUUUUUAAACAUAUGUUUAUUCUUGUGAAAAGUUAAUAAGUAACA